AUGUUCCGGAAGGUCAAAAAGCAUCGCAGCAGCUCCCAAAGCAGUGAGAUCAGUACCAAGAGCAAGCAAGAUAGAAAGCUGCCGUUUGUGCCUAAAGAUGAGAUGGUACUGGGAGUGUCGAAGUAUGGAGUCAAAGUGGCCUCCAUGGAUCAGUGUGACGUUCUGCAGAGCCACUCUCUCUACCUGAUUGUGAGGAUGCUGUGUUAUGAUGACGGCCUGGGGUCUGGGAAGAACCUGCUGGCUCUCAAGACCACCGACACCAAGCAGCAGGAGUGUAGCAUCUGGGUGUACCAGUGGAGCAGUGCGGAACAAGGCCAGGCCAUCUGCAUGGUGUUGUCCGCCUCGACCGACUGUGUGCUGACAUCAGAGAAGUCCUGA